AUGCCCCCCGAUGCGGCAGCACUACCUCCUCAACCGGACAUACCGCCGUGGAAGGACACCCGUCCUUACUCGGUGGGGGGCAACAUGCAUUCCAAUGGCCAGGUCAGCAGACCGGCCUCUUAUCAGAAUGGUGCCCGGCCACUACCGCGUUUCCCAAAUAUCAAGGACUUGCAAGAUGAAGCGGCUCUUCUGAGUAUCAACGAGAACACUCCGCUUGACGUCCUCCUGAGAACGGCUUCCGAGGCAAUCGAACGAGCCAAGGACCUGGGUGAAAGGGAACUCGACCGAGCCUAUAUUCAGUACUUGCGGGCCUCCGAAAUCACCAUCAACAUCAUCCCCCAUCAUUCGGAAUACAAGACAACUAUUACUGAACGGCCUGGAUGGUACAAGGAGUUUGCGGAUUUGAUGCAGGCAGUCCGAAGGAAGCAAGGAACAAUGGAUGCGAUCAAGAAGCAAAUAAUCGAAGAUAAUCUGGAGAGCAACGUGCCACCAACAGGUCUCUUUGGAUCUCCUACUCGCGCCUCGGCUGUUCCCAGGGGUCGCGAGAACCGGUCCGGAAACCACUCUGUGAGAAUGCCCAGCCCGACGCAGUUCCAACAGAUAUUCGACCCUCCCAAAUUUAAUCCGAAGAGAUUCUCCAGUCCAGCUGAAGAUAUACUGGCGCAACGUUUUGCAAAGCUUAAAACUUCUCAGCCCCAUGAAUCAGAGCCAACUUCGAGGAACUCGCCUGGCUAUACCCCAUCUGUGCCUGCUGGACAUGCGUCCACUUACACCUCUAGUCUUCCCCAAGGAAGCUAUGGUUCGCCUUUUGCAUCGCCGACCAGACGCCCAUUGGGGCCUCGCGGUAUGGGCAUACCGACCGUUCCUCCGAAGCUUCCUCUUACAACAUCUCUCCCACGUGCCCCGGACCCUACAUACAGUCCUAUCUAUACAGUGCCUUCGCAACCUCCGUCGAACCCGCCAAGAACGUCAUCUGAAAGCGCGCGGUCAUUGAGCCAACGUUAUUCGCAUUUUGCAAACUCUCCUCAGGGCAGUCCAAGCCGUGGAUUUGAUGAGAAUCCUUACAGAUCGCGAACACCCAGUGGUGUCCAUGUCCGAGAGACCAGGAGCAAUUCGCCUGAUCUACCGUUCAACUCUACUGUAACAGCCACCGACCUCAUGGAUUACAUGCGCAAAUAUAGCGUUUUACUGGUAGAUGUUCGUUCCCGAGAUCUCUAUGACAGCGGCCACAUUUAUGGAAUUUCUAUUAUUUGCGUCGAGCCGGUGGCCUUGAAAGAGAAUGUUUCUGCCGAGGAGCUUGAAGAGCGCUUAGUGGUGUCCCCAGAGCAUGAGCAGGCCUUGUUUGAACGGCGAAAUGAGUUUGAUCUAGUUGUCUAUUACGACCAAAGUACGGCUUCAGUCAGCUAUCUGGCAGGUCCACCGUCAGGAACGUCCGCCCCGCAUCUACGAUUCCUUCAUGAUACCCUUUAUGAGUUCAACGAAUACAAACCCCUCAAAGCCGGGCGUCCUCCGGCACUUCUCCUAGGCGGUUUGGAUGCAUGGAUUGAUCUUGUGGGGCAGCAGUCGCUGGCUACCUCUACAACUGCCGCUGUCAUGGGAUCGCUCCAGACCAAAAAGCCUGUACUCCGACCUGGUCGCCCCCUUGGCCGUGUUCCAACCAUGGCAAGUGCCAAUUCUAGUCUGGAGGUGCGCAAGAGACGCUUGCGCGAGUUCACUCCUCUCAACUCGAAAGAAUUAUCGGAGUGGCUGGAAAGGUCGAAGAACGAAGAGAUUGACACUAGCACCUACUUGGAAGACGAGGAGCUCACCGAAGAGCCCCAGGAAGAAACGGCAGCUCCAUUGGUCCAUACCUACGAAGAUUUCCUACGGCGUUUCCCCGAGCCGCAUCAUGUUCAGCAGUCAAUGAUGCACCCAGAUGCUCGGCCAACACCACCGGUACCGAAUUACGCAGCCCAUCCUCUACCAGUCGCGCCUUCACGACCGCCUCCGGCGGUGCCUCGUCCGAGUUACAGCGGUGUUUCGGAUGGGCGGCAAAUACAGCCUCAUAUGGAGCGCCAGAAUUCGGCAAAUCGCACGGCCUUAUACACCCAGAACUCGUUCCUCAGUCGCGUAAAGCUUCCACGCACCGGCCUCACCAAUUUUGGAGUGACUUGCUACAUGAAUUCGACCAUACAGUGCCUCAGCGCUACUGUCGAGAUGAGCAAGUUCUUUAUGGACAAUCGCUUUCGCUACUAUAUUCAAAAGAACUGGAAGGGAUCACAGGGUGUCAUGCCUGGUCUCUAUGCUAAUCUGAUCAGGUCGCUUUGGAAAAAUGACGUGGAAGUCAUUAUGCCAUCUUCGUUCCGCAAUUUCUGCGGUCGAUUGAACCGGGAGUGGGCCAUUGAUCGGCAGCAGGACGCCAAGGAGUUUUUCGAUUUUACCGUGGACUGUUUACACGAGGAUCUCAACAUCAAUUGGCAACGUAACCCACUGCGGCCAUUGACAUUUUCUGAGGAGAUGCAGCGUGAACGAAUGCCUGUGGCGAAGGUUUCGCAGAUCGAAUGGAACCGGUACUGUCAUCGAGAAGAGUCUUUUAUUUCAAACCUUUUCGCCGGUCAACAUGCCAGUCGAUUAAAGUGCACGACCUGUCAACAAACUUCAACCACAUAUGAAGCCUUUUACAGUAUCAGCGUUGAAAUACCGCCUACCGGCGCUGGGGAUAUCUAUCAAUGCCUUCGCAGCUAUUGCCAAGAGGAAAUGUUGAGCGGUGACGAGGUGUGGAAGUGCCCACAUUGCAAAUGCAAGCGCAUGGCAACAAAACAGAUCUAUAUUACGCGCGCACCAAAGAUCCUAGUGGUUCACUUCAAACGCUUCUCCGCAUCCAAGACCCAAAGUGCACGGAAGAUCCACACCCCGAUCGAAUUCCCGCUUCAUGGCCUACGAAUGGACGAAUUUGUAAUAUCGAACCCGAGUCCAGCACCCCCUGACCCGAACGCCCCCAACGCCGACUCGACCCGAGCACCCUUCACAUAUGACUCAUUCGCAGUACUACGACAUAUCGGAUCGUCCAUGGGCAGUGGCCAUUAUAUCUCGCUAGUGCGCGACGCAGAGCGACAGUGCUGGCGGAAGUUCGACGACGAACGAGCCACGGAUUUCAAUCCACGAGACCUACGCUCAAAGGAUAGGCUCCAGAAUGAGCAGGCUUACAUUGUGUUUUAUGAGCGAGUUCCAGCGAAAUGA